CUCUGUACGCAAAGAGCUAACGUGUUCGCGGAUCGUUUUGAGGAUUCCCUGGAAAAGAUGAGCAGCAGCUAUUACUUUGCAAUCGUCGGGCACAACGAUAAUCCCAUUUUCGAGACGGAGUUUGUGACGGUCAACAAGGAAGCGAAGCAAAAAGAAGAUCAUCGCCACCUGAAUCAGUUCAUCGCACACGCGGCCCUCGAUUUGAUCGAUGAGCACAAAUGGAAAACGAACAACACGUACCUGAAAUCGAUCGACAAGUUUAACCAGUGGUUCGUAUCGGGCUUCGUAACGGCGAGCCACCUCCGGUUUGUGAUGGUCCAUGACAAUCGGAACGAUGAGGGUAUCAAGAACUUUUUCAACGAAAUGUACGAAACGUACAUUAAGCACUUGAUGAAUCCGUUCUACGCGCCCAACACUGCGAUCAAAUCGCCGGCGUUCGAAAAGAAGGCCCAACUUUACGGCAAAAAGUUCCUGGGAACUUAGUCGUAUCUGGCGG